UAGAUGUUAUUUCUUCCAUACAAAUGUUCGCUCCGUAUGUUGAUAUGAGAUCACAGGAAUCUAGAUAACAGGAAUAUUUCAUAUUAUAACUGAAGUAUUGGACACUUGACUUAAACACCAGAGCAAUGUACAAAGACAUAAAGUAUCAUUCUACACUAUGAAGAUCCGUUUAUUGUUAUUGAUAACAUUUAUACCAAGCAACCAACAAGAGCCAGGAUAUGUUCAUGACAAAGGAAGGAAUCCACAAGGUUUAGUAAACAAAUGUUUGUGCUAGAUAGAAAACAAUUUAUCACAUAAUGUAUUAGACAAUACGAUUAUUAACAAUAUAGGGAUUUUGUGAAUGGUCCCCCAUAGACAAUACAUUGAGAGAUAAUAUUAAUGUAUUUAUUUGUUCGAUGAUUAACUUGAAAAACACUAGGAAGUUUGUGUUUCUAAGUCGAGGAUUAGUGGUUCUUAAAAUUCUGAUAGGCACAAAAGUGAAGUAUACAUAAAUCAUUGUUUUUGUUGCGUAUGACUUCGCAAGUAUGAACCAGCGACGACUAAGUAGGAGUACACAACUAGCUGAGCUGGACAAAAACACAAGGAGAAUAAUCGCAGCAUACAAUAAUCGUGAGGAUGAGAAACUACGACAGGUUGAAAAGUUUAUUGAUAAAGAAAUGAACACUGACUCUAAAAAGGAUCGAAAUGUCAACAACUUGCGACGUAGGAGUUCCCAACUUUUAGCUUUGCAAGACUUUUAUGGUUUAAAUGACAAAGGAGGUUACAAUCCAGAGACUUCUGAGCAUGAUAUUCGGGAAUAUCUGCAAUUGAACACUAAUGUGCCAACCACCACUACAAGAAAUAGGUCAAGUAGCGUAGUUGUGCCUCCAAACAUGGCAGCUGAUUCACUAUCAGAUCAUACUGAGAAACUUAGGAGAAUAUCUCUCCAUGGUGGACCUGAUAGAAUCCGCAAAUUCAGCAAUAAUGGAUUGACCAGACCCAUUCUUGUCCACACUGAUGCUACACAGCUGGAGAUAACUAAGGAAAGCGGUAGUGUUAAAGAUGGUCAUAGACAGCGUAGAAUUAGUCGGACAAGUAUGGAUAGGAGAACCAGUCAACUGGGCAGACCAGCCAUGGACAUAAACAAUCACAGUGACAUCUAUGUUGAGACCGAGAAACCAUUAGCAGCAAUCCUACCUCCUGUAGUACUGCCACCUAUCUAUAAAGUCAAGGACCAAGAGUUGAAGUAUCGUAAUUAUGCAAUAUCUGGACCUGCUAAGAAUAUGAGUGAACAUGAAUGGAAGGAUUUAAAGUAUUGCAGAUAUCUCCGUCCAAAAUCUAUCAAAUAUAGAUCAGCUCAAGAUAUGCAAUAAUGCACUCGCACAAUACCAUUGAGAUGUGAAAAAUAAUUAAGUAGACCAAUGUCCAUAGACUUUGAACAUUUGAAGUCUUUGACUAGACGCACGAUCGUGAUUUUAAAGCUUUACAUUUCAAUAGUCAAUUUUAUAUUCAUUUAUAUUCACAGGUUGUCAUCAAAUUUUAACAAUGGGUGAAGCAGGUCUUUUUACAAGAAACUUCAAGAUUUUCACACAAAUUAUUUGAUCGAAAAGAGGCCUUUAAGGGGCACUUACUAUAUUUUUAAUAUUCUGAUCAAAUCAUUUUUCUGCACCCUAUUGUUCAGAGUUAUUCUUUAUUAUUUAAAAAAAUAAUUUACUAGUUCGUAGUUGUCCGUUUUGUUGACUUGUACUACAGGGUGGUCAAAAAAGUGAACCUAUGCAACGGACUAUAUAUAUUUCCCUUGUUACCUGCAGGAAUCAUUUCAUAUUUUCACAUCUUGUAGACCAAGUUUUUGCUGGUACCAUUCAUUUUUCUUAAUCUUGAAACCAGAAAUUAAAAGCUCUAACCUAAUAUUACUGAAAUGGAUAAAAUGUGAACUUCAACAUCUACGAUUCUUCAACCCUUCCACACCCUUC